UAGCAACCAGAUAUCAACAGACGGGUCAUAAGAGAGUCGGCGAGUACAGAGAUAGGAUGUUAAACUUCUGUCAUACUGGGAAUUUAACUCUAUAUUCUGAUACCAAUAUACAACGCUGAAUUUACUUUGAUAUAUAUACAUUGAUUUAUGUGUAGAAUGUGAAACGCUACAAAAACUCAUUACUGAUGUAAUUCUGUGUCAAAUUUUAGUUUGAGAUGGGUCAAUACUUUCGAGAAACGCUGUGAUGAACUAACAUAUCGUACCAAUAUCAACCUGACAGCAUCAACAGUGAUGAAAACAGUUCACUACUUCACGUCAUGGAUUCUUAAAGGUGUUUAACAAAUUCUUCUGACACCCCACAUCAACCCAUGGAGGAUCCGUAGCUGAAGAACGUCUGGAUCUGUGACAUAUCACUGAGAUGUCCGACCAGGGUGAGCUGUACGAGAAGUCUUGGAUUCUAUAUUACAUCCUAGACAGAUAUAUAGGGAGCCGGGAGACAGUGGCUGUCAGGAGAAAGUUGGUUGUUGUGGGGGACCUACUACGUGAUGCACCAGAUAGAAAUGUAGAACAUUUUACCACGGGAAGUAGGGCUGAAGGACUUCACCUUUUCGGGUCCGACCUAGACACUAUGCUUAUUGACAAAAAUGUAAUAGUUAUCUGUCCAAAGCAGGAAUUAAGUAUUACUCUCGACAGCGAUGUAUCAGUUUUGGUGAUGAGAGAUGCUAACUGCCGACCUGGUUAUGUAAACCUGAAACGUCAGCCUUUGGGACAGAUUGCUAGUUCAUACUUACAGCAAUCCAUUGUUGCAGUAGGUGAUGCAGAAUUAAUAUCAAGUGAAAUGUACAAGCGGUCACACGCUAAAAGAAUAAGCUCAAUGAUAUCGUCAAAUAUCAAAGUUCAUGGCCCAGCAGUUAACGUAAAGGAUGAAUACAGUCACGGCCCAGUAGAGUUUGAUACCGUUAUUUCCUUUCCUUGUAAUAAUUGGCCACUUGUAGCGAAUGAGUGGGUGAGUAGGCCACGCCUACAUAACUGGCCAGAUAAAGCUUUGAUAAAUCAGAUAGCACAAAGUGGUUGUCAUCUAGUCCCUGUAGGGUAUAAAAUGUCUUCUGGCCAAUUCCUUCAGUGGAGGAUUUCAUUUGCGACUGCGGAAAGGAAACUUAUUCAUUCUUUAACUCAUGUCCAGUGUUUAGUAUAUGGACUUCUUAAGUACUUCCUGAAACAAAUAUCUGGAAUGUUAGAACAAAUGUUAGAUGAAGCAGAUAUUCUGUCUUCCUAUAUUAUAAAAACAGUUAUAUUCUAUGCUGUAGAAAGCACACCUGAAUCAAUUUGGCAGGAAAAACAUACUUUUCUCUGUUUCAAAAUUUGUUUGAAGAUUUUGAUAAAUUGGGUAAAUGCAGCACAUUGUCCAAAUUACUUCAUUAGGACGAAUAAUAUGUUCUUUGGCAAAAUUCAUGGUCAAAAUCAACGAAAACUUCUUGAUUUUCUCACCGACCUCCAUGACAUGAAUUGGGAAUGUCUCUCAGUUGGAACAUUCAUACAACCGACCAUAGGAGAGCGUAUCCGUAGUGUGAGGGAAGGAGAAUUGGAAUAUGUACUACCUCAACCAACUCGGUCAGAACGUCAAUGUGACAUGGAAAUAAUCAAUAUUGCAUUUUCCUUAACCCAAAGUUUUGAUGAACUUCCUCUGUCGUUGAAACUCCUUUCAGGAUCAACGUCGGACUUGGAUGAAUUCCUUGGUUAUUUCGCUACAGUUCAGGCACUAUCUAAUACAGGGAUGAAGAUAUUCGGUGAACACGUCACUGCUAGAGGAAACAAAGAAAAGUACAAAUCUCUCAGGAAAUGCAAGAACCUACUGAUACCAUCUUCAACUGUGUCCACAAGUCCAGGACUGCUACGUUUGGCAACAUAUUACCACCAGACAGGAAAUUACAAGAAAACAUUGGAUAUAUGUAAUCACAUGAUCUCUUCACCCGAAAUUGAUCUUGAUAUCCCAAGCUGCACGGAUAUAGACAGAUAUGAAAAGCUCUUUUGUGGACACGGGUACAAUCUACUACGCAAAUGCAAGGCAUUUAUGUCAGAUAUCAACUUCAGUAAAACUGUUUUACCGUUUUGCCCAUCACAAUUACACCAGGAGAUCAUGACAACUGUUGACAAACUCAGCGUUGAUAUCCCGCCACUGCCAUACGCCGUGUUCCUGGCGUUCCUGUGUUACCAUGAACUUGGAGACAACAGCAUGUGUGACAGAACAUUGAUCCACCUUCGAGAUGUGACGUGUGAUAGGAAUAAGGGAGGUGGUGAGAACUGGAUAGUCUACAAUCUCUUGGGGAUCUGCUAUGAAAUGGUUGGUGACACACUCAUGGCUCUCAAGGAAUACAGACAGUCUCGUGAUGUUCGACAAUUUAAUCAAGGUCAAAACACUGUCGAGGAGAGGAUAGAACGUUUGCAACACUUACAAUAAAGACAGUUAUCACAUAGAUGUAAAAUAGCCAAACUAUAUUUAUAUCCCCAUAUUCAAACUUGAUGCUAAGACACUUAACAUUUGUUUUGAUAUUUCUAGAUAUCGCUAGAAAGUGAUGUUGCUAUUUACCUCUUCACGUCUGCAUUUUAGACUAUUUGCACAGACGUCAUGUAAAUACCACCCUUUAUUUAUUCCUUUUUAUGUACAUUGCGAUGGUUAUCUUCUUGCGUCAUGUAUAAUGGUGACUGUGAGCCAUUUUUGUUUCACAAUUAUAACUAAUAUUUUUACAAAUAUGUUUUAAAGCGCUUUAGAGUA